UUGAAUUAAACUAACAAAAACAGUCACAUACUUCAAAAAUUAAAAUCCACCCAUUCCUAGUUCAAAGAAAUCUAGCCACACAUGUUUAUGUUCUCAACAGCCAUGAAAAAUAAAUCCCAGCAGAAAAUCAUAGUAAAAAAUCAAAAACAACAAAAACCCAAACAAUGGAGAAUUGCAGUUUGCCGGAUGGUGCGCUGUUGUCUGAAAGCAAGGCUGGCGGAGAAGAAGCAAGACUGGGUGGUGUUGAACAGAGGCUGGGCGGCGGCUUUUCCUCCAAUGUGCAGACCAAUCUCGUGCAGCUGUCCUCCUCUGCUGCUGGUGAACAACAGAUGCGGGUGGCUGGGAUUUUGGGCGGCUGGGUGCUCUUCACCUCUUGCGCAGAACAACUUCCUCCUCUGCUCUCUCGGGGCUGCUCUCAUAUAUAUCUUCAGAAAUUAGAAACCCCUUAACCCUAGCAGACAUGGGAAUUGGGCUUUGUUUUGGGCCUGGACUGCAGUUGUCCCACACCUAGAAAACAUAGCCCAAUUCUCUUUAUUUCUCCACUCUGUCCAUUGUCAAAACCGCCAACUUCAACUUAAAUUCUGUAUUGAUAUAGAAGGAACUGGGUUGAGCUCAUAAAACAUCAAUUGUAGC